AUGGGUCUUAACAAGUUCGGAACUACCAUCACGGUGUUAACGGCCGUUACUCUUACGGCUCUCGCCGUUGAGAUCUUAUACGUUUUAUGGAAACGCCGUUUAAGACUCCGUCCACGUGUCCGCGCCGAGCCACAAGAACCUUCACUUCCAUCUUCGUCGUGUACUUCACCAGGUGAAAGGGAGCGUGAGCUUGAUGUGGAGCUUCAGAGCCACGUGGCGAAGUGGCAAUGUUUGUACGGUCCUUCGCGAGUGCUUUUCACGAUCAAGGAAGAAGAAAUAGAAGGAGUUGAGUCUGAGAAUGGUUCUUCAACGGAAUGUAGUGCGGUAACGGUGAAUAAAACUGUGGCGGUGAACACCACGCGGUUGAGUGAGAGUGUUGUCCUUGAUGAAGUUGUUGUGACGGUUGAUGAGUUGUUAAAUGAAACGACGCCGUUUUCUACGCCGUGUGCUACUUCUCCUUAUUACACACCACAAUCUUCGCCUAUGCGCGGAAAUGGAUGA